UACAUGUACUCAGUUCCUGCGAAUAUGUUAAGCACAACCAUAAGUACGCGCAUACGUACACGUAUAUAACCUGCAUUCUAUCAUAUAAACCUAUUGCGUAUAUUUUCUUCCGUAAUGGCGGAGGAGAAACCUCGCGCACAGAUUGAGAUCAUUAACAACAAUGAGAUGGUGCCAAGCGAUCCGAUCAAUAUGGCGGUACUUCAAUCACCGCCAACGUCGACACCUGGGUCACCAACACAAGGAAUGUCUGAGCCUACCAAUCAUAAUACUACUGGAGAGCAGUACGAAAUCGAAGGACUUGGCCCUGAUAGUCUGGAGGUCAUGGCAUCGCAUGCCAGGCUGGUUGAAAUCGGCGACAUGUUCCAAGGCAUGACCAAAGUAGAAGCCUUGUGCCUCCGUCAGAACUACAUCCAACGUAUUGAGGGAUUCGAAGACUGUGGGGAAGUGACUGACUUGGACCUGUACGAUAAUCGCCUUACCAAGAUGGAGGGUCUGGCUGCUAUGACCAAGUUAACUGUGCUGGAUUUGUCCUUCAAUGGCAUCCGCAAAAUCGAAAACUUGGAGAGCCUGGUCAAUCUGGAAAAGCUCUUCCUUAUAAGCAAUAAAAUCACUACCAUUGAGAACUUGUCGACACUCACCAAACUGAAGUAUCUCGAGUUGGGCUCCAACCGUAUUAGGAAAAUCGAGAAUUUGGAUAGCUUACAAAACCUGGAGCAGCUGUUCGUGGGCCGGAACAAAAUCACACACAUUGAGGGAAUCAGUUGUCUGCCUAAACUGAGAGUACUAAGCAUACAGAGCAAUAGGAUUGUAGAUCUGGAAGGGUUAGAAGACAAUGUUGAUCUGGAGGAGUUAUACAUGAGUCACAACGGGCUCUACGAACUCAAGGGCCUAGAUUCCCUGACCAACCUCACUACACUGGAUGUGGCGGCGAAUAGAAUCGCACGGCUAAGCAAUAUAAAACACCUCACAAAGCUGGAGGAGUUCUGGUUUAAUGGUAAUCAACUGGAGGAAUGGAAGGACGUCGAGCUGUUGCCUUAUGAGUCCAAAACGCUUCAAACGGUAUACAUGGAGGGCAACCCUAUUUCAAAGGAUGUCAAUUACAGGCGGAAGUUGAUGCUAACUGUGCCAUCCUUAAGGCAAAUCGACGCGACCCUUUGCGCCUAAUUAAAUGCAAGAAGCGAAUCGAGAAUAAACUGCUAAGACGCUAGUGAUUAGACAAUAGAAGUGCAUGCUUGGGUCUAAAUCCGUUUGCUGCAAUGUUUCGGUCGUCUGAGGCACGCAGUAGGGGUGCGCUCAAUAAUAUACCGAACUGAAUCUUGCACAAGUGGCUGCUCAUGCCGUCUCUUGACCUGACCGUAGGAACUACUCAGUCGAUGAUAGUGCUCUGAGCUGCAUAAAAGACUACUUCGUAGAUUAUUUUAAC